UUUGCAUGAACGAAAGCAGUUGACUUAAUAAGUAUGAAGGCGAAACAAAAAAGCAACACAAAUUCUAAUGGUGAUGAAGAAAGUGUCCAAAAGACGAGUGAUCCUUUGACAAUUUAUAGACACCCAAAAGUUACAAAGGAGAAGCCACGGGCACGCAGAUUCAGGCCAUGGGAAAAAGAAGAUUUCCUUGAGUCAUUUGAAAAAGUGUAUGAAGGAAAAUGGCUAAGUAAAGAAUUGCCAAAUAUUGAACUUUGCAAGAAAAUUCACGAGGAUGUGCCAGCAUUAACUGUUGAUGAAAUUCAAACAUUUAUCCAUAGUAAUAUUAUUAAGCUUAGACCAAUACGAAAAAACACUGAGAAGCCAAUUGAUAGAUGGCAUGAUGUUGUUGAUGCUUUGAGCCCCAAUAACAAAGAACUAGAAAAGCAACUUAGUCUUGUAAUGAUGGUUGCAAAAAAGGAACCAUCAGACAACAUUGAACCUCCUGCAUCAUUUGAUCCAACAAUGCCACAACCAAAUUUCGGGAACAUAUACGAGUAUUUUUCUUGCGCAUUUUCUAACAAACCACUGCCUGUUUUAUCCCCAAUCGAUAGCUUAGUAGUGGAAGAUUGCAUGCAGUCACUAACUUAUCAAAUUGAAUGUCUUAACGAUGAGGAAUUGCGAUUAAGUUUGCGAAAAAUUUACUUACACAUUGAUCAGAAACUUGGCCAUGAAGUUGAAAAAGAUAAUGAAGAAAUUAAAAAGAAUUUACUUCACAAUGCAACUAUUCUAAAUCCACUUGGAUUGAAUGCACAAGCUAUUGUGCCUGUCGUUCCAGAAUGAAAACUGGCAUUUGUGUUUGAAGUAGGAAGACUCUAUGUAAUUCAUUUAUUGCUCUGAUAUGAUUUGUCAUAUUUAUCUUCGUGAUGAGAAACAUGGUCUGGUAAUAUAGUAAACCAUGGACAUUUGCAAGGUUAACAAGUUACCGGUUGAUUGUUCAAUAUGCACAGACUUUGGUGGACGAGGCAGUCAAGAGUAUUCUUAACCAGGUUAGUCCUGUGAUAUUCAACAAUGAGAUUGGAAGCAAAUUUCUAAUGCUUUGUGUGAUGGUGCAAUCUGUUGCCUACUUCGAUUACUAAUCCAUAUCUCUUCUGUGAUAAUUUUCAUAUGUAAGUCUUUAUUUUGAGAAUUUUGUGGUGUUGAAUUACAUCUAAUAUCUAUAA